UUAAUUUCCUCUCUGUACUCAAACUCAUCAUUAUCCGAGAUAUGGCCUACAAUUGUGUCAUUAGCAAACUUAUAUAUUGAGUUUGAUGGAAACUUGGCUACACAAUCAUGGGUGUACAGUGAGUACAGCAGGGGCCUGAGUACACAGCCUUGUGGGGCACCGGUGCUCAGAGUGAUUGUAGAGGAGAGCUUGUCCCCUAUUUUUACAGCCUGGGUCCUGUCUGUGAGGAAGUUGAAGAUCCAGCUGCAGACCUGAGUGCUAAGGCCCAGGUUCCGGAGCUUAGGAAUCAGUUUAUUUGGAAUGAUGGUAUUAAAGGCAGAGCUGUAGUCAAUGAAUAGGAGCCUUACGUAUGCGUCUUUAUUCUCCAGGUAUUCUAAGGAGGAAUGUAGGGCCAGAGAGAUGGCAUCUGCCGUUGACCUGUUGUUCCAGUAGGCGAAUUGCAAAGCGUCGAGGUUGACCGGCCUGUAGUGUGGACCCAGAGCCGGCGGGCACCCUGCUUACCCAGAAACCUCCGCGUCUCAGUCCAAGGGGCACCGGCACUUCCGGAAGAUCACGCAUGCGCUCAGCGGAGAAAAAGUCUCUGGAGAAUCGGCAGUAGGUAUGAACGGGUUCCAGGCGCGGGAGUCGCCAAUACCGGCGGCUGAGGAACAAUUGCUGCGAGCUCCAGUCACAUCCCGGUCCUUUCCCUCUCUCUCAGCCCCACGAGUCGUGUCCGUAGCCGGGGAGUUUUCCGCUGAUGAGCCCAGGUGCUGGCGCAUGCGCAUCGUUGCUCGGUGCCCAGUUAAAAGCUGAUGUGUUGAACCUGGUUUUGCAGUUUGAUAUCAGAGCUCACCAGAGAGACUAAAAUUAUCUCAUUUGAAAGGUUGUCCUUCACCUAUGUAUGUUGUUUGUAAAUCUUUUUACAGGUUAGAAACGGCAAAAAAUGUGUAACGGGAUCUCAAACACAACACACCAGUUUUGCUGUCUCUGUCCAGGUUUUUACGGGGCGACCAGAUAUUUCCUUUUAACACCAAUAUAUCGUUUGUGGAACCCUGGAAAUGAAGAAGUAUCUCGUCGUAGUUGGAAAUGUACCUUGUGUUUGAGAUGAACCUUUCUAUUGUAACUGCGUGUUGAGAACACACCAGUGUUUUUCGCUGGAGAACACGUCUUCAACUGCAUUGAUAGCACGAGGGAUUCACUGCAUCUAACAUCUGCCUGACAAUUGACAACAGGGAGGUAUCAUUCACCUUCUCUCUGUGGGAAGGAAUUCUCUCUCUCAGCCAACCCACAGAUACACCAGUGAGUUCACAGUGGGGAGAGGCCAUUCACCUGCUCUGUAUGUGGGAUCUACUCAGUCAUCCAGCCUGAAGAUACAUCAGCAAUUUCACACCAGAGUAGGAGGGUUCACCUGUUUUGUCUGUGGGAAGUGAUUCAUUCUGCCAUCCAAGCUGACGAUAACAUCAGAGAGUUCACGCUGAUGAGUGGCCAUUCACCAAUUCUGUGUGUGGGAAGGGGUUCAUUCGGUCAUCCCACAUACAAACACACCAGUCAGUUCACUCUGGGGAGAUGUCGUUCACCUGCUUAGAAUGUGGGAAGGGCUUCAGUCAGUCAUCCCAUCUGCUGACGCACCAGUCAGUUCACACUGGGGAGAGACCGUUCACCUGCUCAGAUUGUGGGAAGGCGUUCACUCAGUCAUCUCACCUACAGACACACCAGCGAGUUCACACUGGGGAGAAACCGUUUACAUGCUCUAACUGUGGGAAGGGAUUCACUCAGUCAUCUCAUCUACAGCGACACCAGUCAGUUCACACUGGAGUAAUGCCGUUCACUUGCUUAGACUGUGGGAAGGGAUUCACUCGAUCAUCUGACCUGUUGCAACACCAGUCAGUUCACACUGGGGAGAGGCCGUUCACCUGCUCAGAUUGUGGGAAGGGAUUUACUCAGUCAUCUCAACUGAAGGUACAUCAGCGAGUUCAUACAGGGGAGAGGCCAUUCACUUGCACUGAAUGUGGGAGGGCAUUCACUCAGUCAUCCAACCUACAGAGACACCAGCGAGUUCACACUGGGGAGAGGCCAUUCACCUGUUCUGUGUGUGGAAAGGGAUUCACUCAAUUAUGCAACCUACAGACACACCAGUCAGUUCACACCGGGGAGAAACCAUUCACCUGCUCAGAAUGUGGGAAGGGAUUCACUCAGUCAUCUCACCUGCUGACACACCAGUCAGUUCACACAGGAGAGCGGUUGUUUAUCUGCUUAGACUGUGGGAAGGGAUUCACUCGGUCAUCUCACCUACUGGCCCACCAGUCUGUUCACAGUGGGGAGAUAAGGUUCUCCUGCUCAAAUUGCGGGAAGGGAUUUCCUCGGUCAUUUCAACUGAAGCUACAUCAGCGUGCUCAUGCUGGGGAGAAGUUGUUUACGUGCACCGAAUGUAGAAAGGGAUUCACUCAGUUAUCCAAACUUAUGACGCACCAGCAAGCUCACGUUGAAGAAAACAUUUAACCAGUAUGGCUGCUGAAUCCAGAGGAGAAUUCAGAAGUUCACUUUUAUAUCAGAAUGUGCACAGUAGCAACCCGAAAUCUGUGCUCUGUGCAAACAUCCACGAAACAGAGAGAAGAAAACCCCGAAGAUAGAAACACACUAGAACCCCAGAGCUCCCUCUUCCCACUCGCACACACAAUCAGCAGCAAAAACAUCAGGCCCCCCCCCCCCACACCAUGCAAGCAAUAAAUAUAUCUAUCUCUCUGUCCCUCCCUGGUCCCCCCCCCAUGCCAGUGCGGGAAGGGGGGCCAACAGCUCGCUGUUUGGAUGUUACGAUCUGUAGCGUCGCUUAUUCGAGAACCCCUGACUCGGAGCCAACAGACUGUCACACACUCGAAAGGGAGAGAUGGCUCGAGUGCAGAGGCUUUCGACAGCUGUCUCGAUGUUUCGAUCUGAGAAGCUUCAGUCGGUGAGGACUGCACCUUGAAGGCAUAUGUCCUCCUAACUGCUCCUGGAGAUACUGGAGCGCAAGCCGCUUGACGAGCUGUGAAGAGCGAGAACCCACGCAUGUGAAGAACGUAGUCUGAGUGCAGCUGUAGAGCAUGGCCUUCGACAGGACCCCAGCCACCCUGAAAGGGAAAAAAAAAGGACACACGAGAACAGGAGAUUUGAACUGUUUCACAGAUGAACUGGAAGAAGUCACCCAAGUCCACAAAAACUCUUGUUGUGUUGAACUCUGCAAUUAUUGCUGCUGCUCAUCAAACGCAGUUCUGCACCCAGGUCACAGGGCAUGGGAGGAGUUCCUUCUGUUGUGGUUCUCCUGUCAUGGCACUGUACUGAAGUGUAAUAUCUGUGACAAAUAAAUCAGUUCUAUUUUUAAA